CCCGCGUCGGGUCCCUCGUAGCGGCAGAUCAGCCUCGCCCGGGCGGACCCUGGCCGCAUUUUCCCCAGACCAUUAACACGACGCAACUGGUGCCCCUUUGAGCAUUACGUAGGCGACAUGUUCACGACUGCGUAACGUUCCCUUCGACGUCAACCUGUUUCCAAAAUGCUGCACCAGCAACUCUUUCAUUUCUUUGAUAGACAAUGACAACCUACGACGAGUAUGGCGUUCCCGUCGGCGCAUACUCAGAACCGGAGAGCUUAACCCACCAAGCAUGGCGGCUGGUGCGGGCUUUCUUCUUAUAUCGCAUACGGCCUGCUGUGCAGGAGAAGAGGAAUGAACUGCAAAGUGGAAGUUGGAGCUUCAAGCGGCUGUUUACGCUUGUGAGAGCGCUGGUGCUGCUGUGGUGGGUAGUUUUAUACUGGGGCGAAAGAGGUGUCUUCAACAGCGCUGUGGAGAGCUGCAACUGGGACAACUGGGAAAACUGGGAAGCUGGCGCAAACCCCCACAGACUCGUCUUCGUCGCCGACCCGCAACUCAUAGAUCCGCACACGUAUCCAGGUCGCCCGUGGCCUCUCAACCCUCUUGCCUACAAGUACACGGAUCUCUACCUUCGCCGCACCUACUCUCGCUUUCAGACUAUCCUAUACCCUGACACUAUAUUCUUCCUUGGCGAUCUAUUUGAUGGUGGCCGCGAAUGGUCUACGCGCACCACUACUUCGCCUGAAAAACAAUAUCGCAAGUAUGGCAACGACUUUUGGAUGAACGAGUACAGAAGAUUCGGGGACAUAUUCUUCAAGCACUGGGGUGACGGGGGUAUGCAGCCAAGACCUGGACAACCUGGGAGGAAGCUCAUAAGCAGUUUACCUGGUAACCAUGACCUGGGAUUUGCCAGAGGAGUGCAAGAAGGCGUCCGAGACAGGUUCAAUGCAUACUUUGGUGAUGGAAGCAGAAUCGACAUAAUUGCAAAUCACACUUUCGUCUCAAUCGACAGCGUCUCCCUAAGCGCACUCGGUCAAGAAUCACCAGAACAGGUGGAGAAGCUAUGGCGACCUACGAAAGACUUCCUCGAAGAUGCGAAAAAGCGUAAAAGGCGUCUGAUACAGCGCGAGCUACGUGCCCAGCAGGGCCUCAGACCCUACCCUGGUAUGCCUCACUACGCAAUUGAGAAGAAAGACCUAGCGACAUCCGAACUUCCACACGCCAAUGACGAAAUCACCGAAUUCCCUACGAUUCUCCUCACCCACGUCCCUCUCUACCGCGCACCAGGUACACCCUGCGGACCUCUUCGCGAACACUGGCCCCCAACCCCUCCACCAGCUGGGCAACCACCCCUCGAGCACGACGACCGCAACGCCAUCUCCGUGCGCGGCGGAUACCAAUACCAAAAUGUGCUCAACCGCGAGAUCACUGCCGACAUAGCCGAGAAAGUGGGAGACAUACGAUACGCCUUCUCAGGCGACGACCACGAUUACUGCGAGGUUCUCCACAAAGCAUAUACUAGUGCCGGUGGCGGCAUACGAGAAAUCACUGUCAAGAGCACUAGCUGGGCCAUGGGCGUUAGACUUCCUGGUGUACAACUCGUCAGCUUAUGGAAUCCUGUCGACGUACACGGCAACCCCAAGAACGGCGAUGCGAGCAAGACAAUUCAAACAAAGCUAUGUCUACUUCCAGAUCAAAUCGGCACAUUUCUCAAAUACGGGUUGCUAUUUGGCCUUACGUUGAUGAUUCUGAUACUUCGCGCGGCUCUCGUUACUCUCGGCGUCGUCUCCUCAAGCGAAGCAGACAUGACGACUGAGAGUCCUCUCCUGCCUACAACAAAUACAAGCACGUUCCCUGCUACGACAGCAGCGGAGAAGGAAUCACAUUCGUCAAAUUCCUCAACGUCUUCUGAACGCAUGGGGAACCUAUCCGUCCGCACAACCACUCAAACACGCAACAUGCAGCAACAACAAAGUCAACAAUCCAGAUAUAAUCUCCCGUUGGUACAACAUGCGGGCUAUGACCCUACCAAGGACUACGAUGAUGACGAUCAUGAUAGGGACAAGAAGGUCAGAGUCUAUGGUGUGAGCACCAAGGCUGCUAGGAAGCCAAGGAAACGGAGAAAAGGACUGGCCUUGUUCUGGUGGGAGUUCAGGACGAGUCUGAAGACUGUGAUUGUCCUUGGCGGGGCUUGGUAUCUGUUUUUGGUUUGGAGGGGGUAAAGAAGUGUAAUUUACAUCUUUAGAGUUACGAGUCCUUCGCUGCUUGUUAUGGAUACGCUAUUAUCAAGUUCCAAAGCUGCAACAUGUUUUUACAUGUAAGAGGUUGAUGACGCGAAUCAUAAUGACUGUGCCCUAGACUUUGCGUGAUCAUGACAUGAGAUUUCUG